AUGAUAUUGGAAUCGGUGUACGGAAUCAGCUUACCAGCACCAGGUGAAGGAGAAAAUGCGAUGCGGCCUCCUACACCCCACGAGUUAUUAACUGCUUAUGGAUUUAUUAGAGGUUUUAUGACAGUUCACGGUGAAGCUGAUGUAGCCAGAUCUUCUCGCUAUAUUCUAAAAGAUUUCGUUAACGGUAAAUUGCGAUAUUGUUGUCCUCCCCCCGAAGUUAAUCCGGUACUAUUUCAAGAUCAGUUCAACGAGUACAAAAUUAGAAAAAUAAAAUUUGAACAAAAAUUAAUGGAAAAAAUGCACGGUAAAAAGGAUAAUAUCGAUGAAGACUUUUUUGCUGAGAAAUUAAGUAAAGUUCACCUGAAAGGAAGAGUAGUUCCAGCCUCCGGUAUGAAAUUAUCAAAUAUUGCUGAUAGUGAAAUUGAAGGUCAGAUGAAUAAAACUAGCAAGAAGCCUUGGAAACGCCAUUUUAAUAAACACAAGAAAGAGAAACUGCGACGUAUUUACGAUAAAUAA